AUGUCUUCCACCCCCCUCAGUCCCACAGUUCCAUCCCGCGCCGCUCAUAUCCGGUUUUGCCGCCCACAUCACGACAAAAACCUGUUCGGUGGUAACAUUUCUUCGGCCCUCGAUGAUCUGCAACCUACGUUUUGGCAGCACUCCUCGAUUCCCACUGUUUUACCGCCCGCCGUCCCAUCCCAUCCUUCUCCUCCCCCAGACGGACAGCGCCGCGAGGCGUUACGGAGUUACAGGCUAAGAGAGCGAGAUGCGAUGCCCCGGCCGGUCCGCCGAUCAUGGCCAACAGAGUUAGGUUGUGUACCUAGAAAAUUUGCACACCCUCGGGGCUCCGCAAAACAGACUUCCCAGCUUAUCCCGCUGGCGUUCUGCGCUGGCCCGGCGCCGUCGCCGAGGACGGAAACGAUGGGCGGACGAUUCUUCAACCCAAUGCCGCGGGGUGCGCCGGAUCGUCCCCAAGGUUCCCCAACAGAGAGAUACAGACACACAGACGACAAACAGAGACAAAGAAAUCAACGGCCGCUGAAGGAUUUCUUGGGGUAUGGAAAGGAUUGCAAAGAUGCUAGCCGUAUCCUUUUUCGAGAUAAGGUUGAUAGAGUAGCCAAAUUCGCCAUCUGCCAUCCCGCUAUAGUAUUGGAGCCGUCUGAUACUAGUGAGACCCCAGCCUAG